CCCACAGAUAUGGCAUUCUUCAACAGGGUGUCACCUGCACUGGUGGAAAUCCUGAACAAGUUGCAGAGUGGUGAAAGCUUAACAGACUUCGAUCAUAACCUAUAUGAAUAUGGCUCAGUUCGAUACAAUAUCCAGGCAUCGGCAUCAAGUCCACAAAUUGUUAACUUGUCCACAUGGAUGCCACCACUUUCUCCAGAGUUCUCUUCAGAUUGUCUACCUGACUGUGCCCUACUAGAUGUCAAAAGGGUAUAUCUUGAUUCUGCAGAAGUAGUGGAACCUUCGAAGCAAGGUUAUAUGCUUACUCUCAGAAUCGACUUUGCGGCACUUCCACAGAGAAAAGAAGAUCGGAUGAAGGCUAUCAGCGAGAUCUCCUCAUUACACGCAGUCAUACUGAGUUCACAAAUGAAGGAUAUGUUGUGGAACCUUGAACCCAGGUACAUGGGCAAUGGCAUGUGCAACCCAAUCAAGAUUGUCCAUCAGCUGAAAGAGCCCUUCUUUGUCAUCAAAAUGCUGGAGAAGACAACCGUGAUAUAUCCCAUGCGCUUCAAAGAUGAUACGGAUGUAAUUCUGGCAACAUCAUUCUUUCAGGAACUAGUAGAUGUUAGCAAUUUAGAAGCACACUACAAAGCACCACGUUGCACCUGGUCACCAAUCCCUCCUCUGGAGUUGAGAGGAGAGCCAUUCCAAUAUCUGACAACAAAUGGAGGAUUUGUAUCUCUAGAAAUUUUCUCACAACACAUCAGAGGUACAAAGGCAGACAAUACUGUCUGGAAUUUACUGACUUUCGUUUCCUAUGUAAAGUAUCAUGUAAAGUGCACCAGAGGCUUUAUCCAAAGAAAGAUGAGGCAGCGUCAGGAAAGCUUAACUGAGGUAAUAAGAAGUGCAAGAAUCAGAGGAGAUGAAGAUGUCAAAAAACAUCAAAUCGGUGGUCACAAAAAUGUUAAGAAAUUGAUGAAUUUCUCAAGAUCAAAGAUGUUCAAAAAGAGGUAUACAAUCAUAACUAACAAAAUCAAGAAAUUCCACUAUCGGAUCAGAAUAAAGUGGCUACUACAUCGGUUUCGACGGCAAUGGCUUAGAGUUCAAAAGAUCCCUUUGUUGAGGAAGUACAGAAAAUUAGAUUAAGCAUCAUCAGCUUCCCAAAUAAACCAGUAUAACAAAUUAAGUUGUGUAAGUCCCUGGCAGAUCUCCAUCAACAAGUGAAAUUUUACAUUUUAAUUUUUAAGCAUGAAAAAAUAUGCUUGGAGUUCAAUUCUUUGAUUUCCUUGGGUAGGAGGAGCAAAAGGAAUGGCUUUUGACGCAUCUCAUCUUGAAAACAAAGGAUUCAUGUCAGCAUUCAGGUAUAUGCUGGCAUAAAUUGUGUUGAAGAAAAAAAAUAUAGUUCCAUGCUUUAGAAAUGGUCAAACUCUCAAACAGCACUUAUGAACAGCCAAUAUUUUCUGCUUACUGGAGUGGGGCUGUAACUUUGAUUGUGUGGCCCUUGUAUGCUAUGAUUGCUCGUGAGGUAUCAGUAUAUAAUUAUGGAGCCCAAAAUGCUUCUCCAAACACACUAUGACAAGGAUAAGACAGAAUGACAGAUUACAGGUAAAACAAAAAAGCUAUGGCCUGUAAAGGCUGAUUAAUUUUAUGCAGACCAGCAUGCAUAAUCUACUUUCAGAGGCUAAUAUGAAUGAGCCCAUUGCUGUGAACACUGCUCUCUCAUGAUGUUAGCCUCAAGGUGAUACCCUUUAUGAACCAAUACAUUUUGAGCUUCAGCUGAACCCUAUCUGGAUCACUGGAAACAAUAGAGACCGUUCAGUCUCAAUCUGAAGUUCACUUACAAUCAGUGUCUUAAAGAUCUUGUCUACCAUUAUUCUUUUCUGUUGUACAAUCUCCAAUAUCUUAAAGAUACUAUUCCUUGCAGUGAGGAAUUGUUCUUGACAAACAGAAUGAGUAUGAUAUGGAAGAUUUUUUACAGGUAAUCAUAGAUUAUAAAAUUUAGUAGACUUCUAACUAUUUUGAACUGUCUAACGGUCAAAAUAAAGCUUUCAGAAAAGUGGCACAUGCUCCACUGUCAUUGUUAGUAUUGUGUCAAUGAUGGUUCUAAUCUAUCCUUGAAGAUCCAGUCUCAUUAUUUGGUCCAAGAAAUGUGGAUGGCGUAACUAUUUGCAGAUGGUUCAGCCAAGUGCAGUGAGGGUUGGCAAUGAUCCUUAGAUCAGCUUCUAGUUUUUCCUCGUUGUAUUAAGCACUAUAUCAACUGCCAUUAGACUCGAAGUCCUUGGGAUGCCAACGAGAAAGAAACAAAUCUUGUUGGAAGUGCAAUGCAUAUAAUGAAAUCCAAAUGGUAUUAUAUCAUUGUUGUAAUACCCUUUUGUUUUUCUGUCACUAACUCGAAAAACUAUAUUUGACACACACCUCACAAAUUAUUAUUUACUUCUUAUUUGGAUUUAUACCUUGAUAUGGAAGUCAUUCCAUCAAUCAUUUUUUGUUUCGUAGUUCUAAUACAAAUAAAUUUGUUCAAUCUAUAUUUAAAAUUAAAACUAAUAUGAAAUAGAUCUUCUCAUACUAUUUAGCAUUCUCCCUCAUCUCACCCUCCCUUUUCGUCUUUAGUUUGGGACUGACUGCAGGGGAGAAUUAUGAAGCAGGAGAAGGUGGAAGUCAUUAUCAGAAGAAGCAAGUCCUCCACAUUUUUCUUUUAGUUUUUAAGUUUUGAAAUACUUGAUUGAUGUUUUAGUUGAUUAAUAUUCCAUAAAAUUUUAAUAUUCAUUAAUUUUAUAUUUUCAAUAUAGAAUUGUUAAUGUUAAUUUAAUUGAUGUAAAAUUUUGUAUCAUGAUAUAAAAAUUAAUAAACCAUAUCUUGUGAUGUUAAUGUUUUAAAACCAUAUUAACAAUAUUCAUAUCUUCUUGUAUUGUAUUAGAUUACAUUGUUAAUCUUAAUGAAAGAUUUUUGAAAUUUUGUAUGAUGACACAAAAGUUAGUAAAUAUCAUAUUUAAAGAUUUUUGUCUUCAAACCAUAUUAACUGAUAUUCAUAUCUUUCUGUAAUAAAUUAUAUUUUUUGACAAAAAAAAAAUAUUUAGGAUGAUUGUUGGAUUCGGUUCAAGGUUGGUUUUGGACCCAAACCAGUCAGUUGGAUCCAAGGCAAGCUCUAGAUUGGCUUGGACCAAAUUUGACAUAGGUUGGAUCCCUUGAUUGAGGUAGACUAGAUCUGACUUAGGUCAGGUCCGACAUGACUUUGACAACAAGUCGGUGUGGCUCAAUUGUAACAUCUCAUUAGUCCCAUAUCGGAAGUGGGCAAUGUGUAUGAUUGGCUUAUAUGGGCCUGAUGAGUGUACUACGUUAACUCUCGCUUAAGCAUUUUGGUCCGUGGUUGAAGGACCAAAAUGGAGUUAUUGGCCAGUUGGCUCAUCAGACUUGGGUCGUGACAUCAAUGGCCCAACAUGGUCCAAUGGCCUCGAGUGACUUGAAUAGCCUGGAGUGGCUUGACGCUCGAUAAGGCUGAACCCAAACCAGGCCAAUUUAAGUUGGUUCAGUAGAUUCAAUGUGAUUUAAGCUGAUUUAAAUCUGAUACAGGUCAGUUUUGGAUGAUUCCAGAUGGGCUCGAGUUGAUUCAGGCUUGUUCAGCUUGAUUUGAGGUCAGCUUAACUCGAAACUAGAGCACUUCAAGUUGAUUUUAUGUGAUUCUAGAUACAUUCUAGUUGUAUCAAGCCAGGUCAACUUGAGUCCAAGCCAGUUCAGCUUGAGUUUAGGCCAAUCUCAGGACUAGCGGGCUAGUUACCCCUUUAUCUCUUGGUCUAGUGAAUUUUAAGAGAUUCUAUAUGAUGUUGUUUUAUGAAUUUUAAGAUUAAUCAAUCAUUAACUUUAACCAUUAAAUGAAAUCGAUGUUGAUAUUAUGAUGUGUAUGUUUGACAUGAAUUUUACUAUAUGUAUGAAGUACAUGUGGCUGUGGUGAGUGAUCGAAAUUGGACAUUUUAUGCAUCCUCGACAAAGGGGCUACCAACCCAUCAUAGUACAGAAAUUCCACUGGACUGGAUCUAUCAUGCCAUAUACCAAGUAUGGUCUGUGUUGACACUUUCAAUAUAUAUUUAAACGUCUCUUAGAAUGUGUGUAUAGAUGAAUGAAACUACAAAUGAAUGAAUGUGAUAAUACAAUGAUACAGAUGAGGACAUUGUUUUUCUAUAAAGGGCAAGCAAACCAGUACUUGUAGGGUGAUUACUGGACUGUCAGAUAUGACGACUUCAUAGUUCCUCCAUCUACUCCAUUUGUUGUUACAAGGAACAUGUAUUGGCGGAUGAGGGAUAACAAACACUCUGUUGAGAGGAAGAUAUGAGUUUUGUUUAUAUGCUAUUGGGAGAAUAUAAGAGAUCAUGUAUUGACAGAUGAGGGAUACCACUCUUAUAUGUUGUAUGUGGAGCCUCAGCCUCUCCAUCUAUUAUUGGAAAAGUGCACCAUCAAGUAUUCGAUCUUUCUGCAUAUAUUAUACGUGGAUGUCCCUUAACAGUUGUGUAGAUAUUAGGCUAUGUAAUAUGAGUAUUCAUGACAUAUGCAAAUUUUUUUAUCAGAUGAAUGGAAAUAUUUCAUAAAUAUUGAAGGUUUAUCUUUAUGAUUUUAAGAUUUCUCAAAGAUUUCUGUAAUAUCUCAAGAAUUGUUUACUUUCCUUGUAAAUAGUUGAUUUGAUCUAUGUUACAAUAAAAUGUAAAUGAUUGAGAAAAGCACAAUUAAAAAAAAAGAAAGACUAUGUAAUUAUGGAUUUCUAAAUAAACGUUUCCACGCGGUAUGAAGUUUCAACAAUUGGAAAACUUGUUUCAGCCUACAAUACCCCUCGAUUUCUUUACACACACGCCAUCAACAUAACACGAUGGAGAUAUCAAUCCAUAUGCAAAUCGUCCCCCAAUUUACAAAAGCGAACACCUUUUGACUAAAAAGAGCUCCUUUUAAUCACAGGGUGGAAAUGAAAAGCAUAUGCAUACAUCGAAUGCAUCAUCAAGAAGAUAGCUAAAUAACGAAAAAGAUCAUGAAAUGGGAUUGGAGAACAGUAUGGAAAACGAUUUAAAGAACCUGCUUCGGUGCGACGACACAUGCGUACCUGAAAUGGGGGGU